CAUAAACAACGAAAUCAAUCAGUUCAAUGAUUUUUACACGAAAAAGUGUAGCAACAGUUUUAUAUUUACUGUUGAGUUUCAUCAAUGGAAUUUCAACUAAUAAUCAAGAAAAGAACGAGAAGUUCGAGAGCUUGGAUAAGUUAGAAUUCCAGGCAAAGAAUGAACAAUUUAACGUUCAAAAAGAAAUAUUACAAUUGCAGGAUUUGAAGUAUGAAACGCAGCAACAGUUGAGGGAGAUAAAAAGUGCAAAUAUAUUUCUGACCAACAGAGUGGAUAACCAAGAAGAAAGGAUACAUAUACUGGAAUCUAUAUUGCAACAGUUCAAGGGAAUAGGGUCGAAUGGAGCGACACCAGCUUUUUAUGCAUACAUGACAAAAGAUGAAAGUAAUCCAGGAGUUGGACACACACUGAUAUACGACAAUGUAAUUGUCAAUUUUGGUAACUCAUACAAUCAUUCAAGUGGAAGAUUCACAGCUCCAACCCCAGGACUAUAUAUUUUUUCGUAUUCAACAAUUCCGUCUAGCAAUUCAGAUAUUCCUACUGAAAUUGUGAAGAAUCAAGAAGUCAUUGGCGCAACAUAUUCGAAUAAUAAAUAUCACUAUACUUCAACCUCCUCUUCGACUGUUGUCGUUAGCAUGACUGCAGGUGAUGUAUGCUUUGUCCGAACAAGCAAAUUCAAUACUCCUAGUGGGAGUGUCUAUAGCCGAAAUGAUGGACGAACAUCGUUUUCUGGAUGGCUUCAGUUUUAUGUAGAAUAAAGAAGGCAAAGAUUUU